AUGUCAACUGGGCUUGCCCUUGGUUUCGCUGUUGAGGGUGCACCCUGGCACUUGGUUUCUCAUUUAUUCCCAGAUAAAGUUGGUGGGCGACCAGCUUGGCUAGCUCUUCAACACUUACCAUCUCCUAGUGAACUAAAGUGUCCAGUAUGUUUGAAUCCAAUGUGUUUCCUCUUACAGAUAUACUCCCCUCUAUCUGAAAGACCCGACUGUUUUCAUCGAAUGUUAUUUUUAUUUAUGUGCCGAAAUAGUGAAUGUCAUUAUAAGCCUGAUCACGUACCAUUCUAUGUGUUUCGAUCGCAGUUAUCAAGACAAAAUUGUUAUUACAGCUUCGAGCCCCCUGAGAACGAAUUUCCCAGUCGCGACAUGUUAAACUCGAUGAUAAAGGCUAACUCUAUUCCAUGGGCUGGGAAAUAUUCAUCUAUCUGCCCAAUAUGUGGAUGUAAAGCAGACAAAACUUGUUCAAAGUGUAAAAAAACUUCUUAUUGUUCUAAAAUGCACCAGGUUCUAGACUGGAAACGACACAAGUUAGAAUGUGGUUCGAAAUGUCACGAUUUCAUGUUCUUAUUCGAACAAAAUAGUUUCUUACUUCCUGAGUACCGUUUAUGUUCUGAACCUGCAGACAACUUUUCUUCAAAUGAUGAAAGUACUUCAGAAGAGGUGGAAACUGACACUGAAACUGUAGACCUGGGACUUCCAAAUGAUCCUGAAGUUAAAGCGCUUGAAUCUAUAGCAAAGAAAGAGACUAAAGAAGAAGCCAGAUUUAGAAUAUUUAGAGAAGCAAUGAAAUCGGCUCCUGACCAAGUCGUACGAUUUCAUAGAGGUGGUAAACCCAUUUGGCUGAGUGACGAUCCUGUAGAAGUUGAAAAAUGUGAAGUUUGCGGUUCUGAACGUGUUUUCGAAUUUCAGGUUACUCCUCAAAUAUUAUAUCACUUAAAAUUGGAUAAAGUUGGUGAAUUAAAUCCAGAUUUCGGUUCGCUUUACGUUUUUACUUGUUCAAAUUCAUGUGAACUUCCUAGAAGAAAAAAAUGUACAAACAACACAAAAGUAUCACCUAAAUGUGAUAAUGCUUUUAUUGAAUAUCAACGUGAAAUUGUCAUUCGUCAAAUGGUUCCAUAA